UCUUUGCGGACGUGUGUGAAAGAUAUCCGUAAAUGGGGAGUUGGAGAGAAAUGUGUGGUUGUGUCAGACAGAGUACCCCUAACUUAAAACUGUAUUCGACUUUCAGUUUUUGUUAUUUUUAUGUGAAGUUGGAAAAUAUAUUUCACCGGGUGUAAUCAAUCAUUCUCACCGAGAGAGGGGCAGGCAGAAUCAACGGCAGCUGUGCUUGGAGCCCAGCCUGCUAAACGCUAGUUAGCAAACGCGAGACUAGUGUGGAAUUACAGGACAGCACUUCACGGGCUUUAUGAUGCCUCGCGACAACAUGACCACCUCCCUCGUUCAGAAAAUUGGUAGACAGGCGCUUGUAACUUUUAGAAACCCAUCUUUGGUAGGUGAUAAAGCGUUUUUGGAUAAUCAAGGUAAACUCCAAAGCCUCAUGACCGAAAUCAGAGCUGCGGAUCUGAAGAUUGCUCCAAGGAAAGUUGACAGCGCUUCUACGCCUCUGUCACACAAUCCCCCGGUCACAUACAUGCACAUAUGCGAGACAGACCAAUUCAGCAUGGGGGUGUUUCUGCUAAAGAGCGGUGCUUCCAUCCCCUUGCACGACCACCCGGGAAUGUACGGCAUGUUAAAAGUUAUGUAUGGCAAGGUCAGGAUCACCUGUUUUGACAGGUUGGACAAAUCAACUAGCGUGGCCAGUGAUACGCAAUUCAACCCUCCCCUGCUACCUUACCAGAGAGGUGCGCUGAGGUCAAUACUCCGGUCGGUCGGGGAGUUUACAGAAGAGAGUGGCCCGUGUAUUUUGACACCUGACUUAGACAACCUUCACCAAAUCGACGCAGUCGAUGGACCCACUGCUUUCCUCGAUAUUCUGGCACCACCAUAUGAUCCAGAUGACGGGAGAGACUGUCAUUAUUACAAAGUUCUGGAGUCUGCCUCGGACUCGGAGGACAAAAAGGCUGAGGCUCAGGGGCAAAAAGAAGUUUGGCUCGUGGAAGGACCGCAACCUUCUGAUUUUUGGUGUGGUGGUGAACCUUACCCCGGCCCAGAAGUCAACAUCUGAAGCGCACUAUGAACGCUGAAUUGAUGUGAACCAUUGAUUCUCAGGGCCAUGUCACAACAUUGUGUAAAUGUAUGAUAGUCAUAAUUCCUACAAUGAUGGAUUAUUAUGGAAUGGAUAUCACUGUCACUGUGGUGUGUAAUGGGAGAACAUGUAGUGUGAACUAAAAGCACUUAUUCUAAAUUUGGGCAAAUGCUCACAAUCGUCUCGUCAGUUGGUGUGGCCUGUCACUAUUCAUUUAGCCUGUAAUGAAAGUACUUACUCAGUUGAUAAAUUGUGAUCUUUGCACAUCAUCUCUAAUGUAUUCGAAAUGACACCAAGCUUAUCAUGUCCUGAAAUUAACUGAAACCAUACAUAACAAAACAUAACAUUUCUCAGAAGAAAAGCAUAAAGAGGGAUUCAAGAAUGCACUAAAUGGGGUAGGCUGUAAUACACAAUUAUUUGGUAUAUUCAGCCUGAAACUAAUGCCUGAAGAAUCGUGUAAAUGUUCCUUACAAGCCAGAAUGUUGAAUAAAAUUACUCUACCGGU